AUGGAAGCUUCAGAACUAGUUAAUUUUAACAGGGUUUGUGAAACGGGUACUCGAAAUUUGACGCCAGUGAAACCUAGACUAGGUAGAUUUUUGGAUGUUUAUUCACCUGAGCAUCUAAAUUUGACGCCGAAAACCAAACCUCAACUUGGUUUCACUGAAACGACUAAUGAAAACCACAACUUCCUUACUCCUGCAAAAACAUUGCAAUAUGACAAUAAAUGCAGGACUGCUAAAGUCCACCAUAAACUACAAGAUGUUUGGAAUCACUCAUUUGAAGGUAAUCAAAGCUUCCCACGUAUAAGACGCAAGAUACAUCCAAUAAGAAUGGAUUUAGAGACUCCUACUAAAGUGAAACAAACAACUGACUUAGUGAGAGUUGAUGGUCCAAAUGGCCUCCGCUUCAACACUUCUCUAGCAGUAGGUGAUGUUGCUGGAUCACCAGCACAAUCUCAAACUGAACGCUUGCAGCAAUCCAUCAAUCCAAGCAAGGCUGUAUUUACCAUAGAGCCAAGUACUUUUAAGAUACUCAUAGUAAACAACAAAGCAUGCUCUCUUUUGGGAUAUUCAUCAGGAGAAUUGUGUGGUCUCCGCUUUUCUGAACUUCUCCGCAACAGAAAUUGUAAGACCUUUAGUUUACAUGAACAAGAAGAUGGUGAUGCAUCGGAAGAUGGAACUAUUGUUUUACUUAGUGGGAAGGUGGUGGAACUCCUAACCAAAGAUGGAACGUCUGUGCAAGUCUCUUUGUGGAUAAGACAGUUGGACAAUGAUGGACCCUGCUUGGUUGUUGCAGAACCUGUCAGCUGCAAAAAUGUAGUGUUGACUGUGGAUGCAGAGACAGGUAUCAUAGUGUCUUGCGAUGGUGGUGAUGCUGCUCUGCUGUUCCAAGCCGACUCGGCCGAGAAGUUAAUCGGCUUACCCAUCGCCUCUCUCAUACCUUCCAUACAAUUGCCAACUUAUGAUGCACCAAUUUCAAAGAAUAUCUCCAAACAAAAGGCUACAGGUAGAACCUUAGAUGGUGGUUCAUUUCCACUCUGCCUGUGGAUAGCAAAAUCAAAUAAUAUUGAAAGCUCACCUUGGUCAGGCGUAAAGAGCAGGGAGAGAUCUGUAUUUAUUGUGAAUGUUCGGGUAACAUUUAACGUGAGCGGUCUACUCGUCGUUGACGAAACGGGUAUCAUAACAGCGUGUAACCAACACUUCGCUAUGCUGACUUUCGGCAAGUCACUCUCUGAUGUCAUCGGCCAUCACAUCAAUGACGUCAUUCCGAACUUCUGCCGAGAGUCAGACAUGGUUAAAGUGUCUGAUAGGAGUAGAAAUAUGACUCUAUCACCUGUCAAUAAUGGAAACAAUGGAUCAGUUUCUGACACAGAUGAAGAUUCUUGUGGAGCAUUUAAUGGUAGCCAGAAAUCGGCCUGUAUGUCUCUUAAUGUUCAACAAUCUAUGCAAUCAAUUUCCACAACAAGAGAGAAGUCAUCCAGUGCACUGUGCCUCGACAAAUCUUGCAGCCUGAUCACUCACACACCAACACCGACACAAGACAUGGUCUCAAGUAUUAGUACUACUGAACAGAGAAAUGACACUUCAGCACUUCCAGACAUGACAUCUGGAAUGUCAGGAAUAUCCAUAGAUGAUGAAAACUAUUGUCAUAGUAGCAUCUCGAAGUCUCGAUCGGAAAACAUACUACGUUCAGAACAAAGUAGUAACCCUAGCCAACAAAUAUCUCCCAAACCGUCAGAAUCCAUUUAUUACACAUCACAGCAUUCUCAGGAGUUAACACCUACCGGGAGUACACCUAGAGUACGUUUAAAUGAUCCAUCUUUACGGUUAUCCUUCGAUUCUAGUAAAUACAAAUCUUUAAAAGUGAACCAAACUAAGGAAGACAGAAGCAGUAUAUCACUAGACUUUUGUGAUUCAAAUGAAACAAGUGCUGACUUUCUUACGCCUAUUAACGAGAUGCCACUGCCUGGUUGCGAAAUUGAGGAUCUGCCGAAACAUAACGGGAAUGAAAGUGUGGACAGUUUAAGUAACGACAUUGAUUUAGAAACCCAGACUGAAUCGGCACCCAGAAAGAAAUUCGAAGACGAUCCGCCGGAGACUCCAUGCGUUGUGAAGAGGGCGUUGCGGAGCCACAUGAGCGUGAUGACGUCGACGCCGCAGCAGAGCAGAGCGGGAGGGCGGCUGGGCCACGAUUGCCCGCGUUCGCUCGGCGACGGCACCUACCGCGGCGUCGUACUGCACAAGGACGGCACUGAGCUCAACGUGGUGUACACGGUGUCGAGCAUGCAGCUGUGCGCGGGCAGCCGCGUGCGCUACGUGUGGCUGGGCGUGCGGCUGGAGGACGCACCGCGCCACACCACGCUCGCCUCCAGCCUCGCCUCCACUGCCGACAACUCGCUCGUGCUGGGCAAUAAAUCGGCUGGCAGUAGACCACAGUCUAUGUCCCUAAUGAGCCAAUGUGGUGACGAACAAGUGGCUGGUGAAUACAGCAAACAUUACGUCACACUAAAACAAAUAGGCAAAGGAGCAUACGGCUGUGUCAAGAUGGCAUACCGUAGGUCAGAUCGACUUCUUACCGUCGCAAAAUUUAUCCUGAAGGAGAAAGUCGGUGUACAUUUUUGGGUGGAUGGAUCUGAUGGCCGAAAAGUUCCAUUAGAACUUAGUCUUCUAUUGAAAUUAAAACAUCCUAAUAUUGUGAGCGUGGUUGAUGUUUUCGAAAACGACAAAUAUUUCCAAAUGGUGAUGGAGAAGCAUGGUGCUGGAAUGGAUUUGUUUGAAUUUAUUGAACGUAGGCCCAGACUAGAUGAGCCACUUAUUAGUUAUAUUUUCAGACAGAUAGGACAAGCAGUGGAAUACUUGCACUCGCUGAAUAUCCUGCACCGCGACAUCAAAGACGAGAACGUGAUCAUCGACAACAGGUUUCAUGUAAAGCUAAUCGACUUCGGCUCUGCUACCUUCAUGAGCCCCGAUACGCUCUUCUCCACUUUUUACGGUACCACUGAGUACUGCAGCCCGGAAGUACUAGCUGGCAAUAAAUAUGCCGGACCCGAGCUAGAGAUGUGGUCGAUGGGGAUAACACUUUAUGUGCUGACAUUUUUUGUUAACCCAUUUUCUGACAUUGAAGAGACUAUACAAGGACUCCUCGCAUUGCCGCAGAUUGUCUCUGAAGAUUUAGAGCAACUUCUUCGUUGGAUGUUGUGCAAAGAACCAGCAAACAGAUGUACGGUAGGUCAACUUAUGUCACAUCCAUGGAUUAAACAACCUGUGGCCAUCACCAACUACAUAUUUCACGAAAUUGUUGACUGUGAUCGACAUGAAGCAAAUCCAGAAAUGUAUUACAGUGGUGGGAGCAUUAGUUCACCUAAAAGUGGGUCUCCUGUAUCGUUAGCUGAUCCAGUUCUUAAAGAACGUUCAAACCCAUCAGAAGUAGCAAUCAGGUCGGAUCUCAAGAACGUAUCACGCGAGGAACCUAAGCGUAGUUCCCUUGCCUUGCAAGCUCUCUCCACCGCCGACCGUGACGCGCACUCCGACAACUACAGCCUACGAUCCUCCGCCGAUAUUUUGGACAUAUCAUCGAAACCGGUCUCGGACGCGGCGCUGACCGACAUCAGCUCGGACGCGACCGGCCACGCCGCGUGCGACAUCGAUUGCGACUGUGACCACUACGACUGCGACAGCUGGGACGAGUGCGAGCAAGACAGCUUCUCAUAA